AAUCGGAGGGUUAAAUUUUUGUGCCUUGAUACGCCAGUGUAUACUGAACUGUUGCUUGCUUUUACAGGGAAAUCCUCAUUGACGAUUCAGUUUGUCGAAGGCCAAUUUGUGGACUCCUACGAUCCAACCAUAGAGAACACUUUCACAAAAUUGAUCACAGUAAAUGGACAAGAAUAUCAUCUUCAACUUGUAGACACAGCUGGGCAAGAUGAAUAUUCCAUCUUUCCUCAGACAUACUCCAUAGAUAUUAAUGGUUACAUUCUUGUGUAUUCUGUUACAUCAAUCAAAAGUUUCGAAGUGAUUAAAGUUAUCCACGGCAAAUUGUUGGACAUGGUGGGGAAAGUGCAAAUACCUAUUAUGUUGGUUGGCAAUAAGAAAGACCUACAUAUGGAAAGGGUGAUCAGUUAUGAAGAAGGGAAGGCGUUAGCAGAAUCUUGGAAUGCAGCUUUUUUGGAAUCUUCUGCUAAAGAAAAUCAGACCGCUGUUGAUGUUUUUAGAAGGAUAAUUUUGGAGGCAGAAAAAAUUGAUGGGGCCGCUUCACAAGGAAAGUCUUCCUGCUCAGUGAUGUAAUUCCGCUGCGGGACCUGAGGACGCAGGCCUGUCCUGCCUGGGGACAGACCGCCCGUUAUCCUCGAAGACAAACUCCGCUUCGUUUUUCCUCUGUUAACCUGAAAGAUUUCAUUUGGGUCAGAGCUGUUUCCUGCGCCCCCUCCUUUCAGAUUAUGUUAAACUCUGACUCUGUCCACAUGAGUUUACUUCCACUUUCAAAUUUUAAGCAAUCAUAUUUUCAAUUUAUAUAUUGUAUUUCUUAAUAAUAUUAUGACCAAGAAUUUUAUCGGCAUUAAUUUUUUCAGUGUAGUUUGUUGUUUAAAAUAAUGUAAUCAUCCAAAUGAUGCAUAUUGUUACACUACUAUAACUAGCUUCCAUAUAUCAGUGUUUAUUUCAUUGUGUUAAAUGUAUACUUGUAAAUAAAAUAGCUGCAAACCUUAAUCCCUGCUACUCAGUGUGGCUUUUAAAGGCUAGAACCUUGUCCUGCCGAGGCGAGUGGAGCCCUCAGCGCCUGCUGACCACAGGGCCACCAGGCCAUUGCCAGGGCCCACUAGGCAGCAAUGACAGUCAGGGUAGAGGGUGAGAAUUUGGGUGGAUCUCUGUCCACCAAAACUCAGUGGCUUGGGGCAUCUGAGGGAGUCAGUCCCGGAAUGGCCGUCCUCCCCUCCGUCCUCAAAGGCCCCGUCUUGGCUGGAGCGCUUCGUGCAGGUGGGGCUGCAGUGGUCACUCUGCAGAGCCACCUUGUCACCUGGCUUGCCUCUUCGGCUACUGGAAGAGGACACGUUAAGAGACACUUAUUGUCCCUCCCUGCACUUAGCUCAGUGUCCACGGCAGACAGGAUCUGAUUUAGAAAAAGGAUUAGCCUGUCACCAUCCCUAGAGCUCCAGUAGUUUAAAGAAUGUCCUGUACCUGUUGUGACCUCACUUCAGACCCUAACCACACACCACCCCCCACCCGGUAGGAGCAGCUCCGAAGGAGGAGGGAGGGUUUAACCGGCCACCAGGCUGCACCGCGACUGGAAGUCAGAGUUCAAGUUAAGCGGUGUUUGUAAAUGAUGCUCCCUCCUCCUCCCCCCAGUUAAAACCUCACAGGGCCAUUUCUGACAUUUUAGGAAGUGUUACUCUACGAAUAAAAUACAAUUUUGUUUUGUAGCUGAUGUUUAGUGACAAAAUAUGUUUUCAGGAUAUGCCGUUAUUUUGGAUCUUUUAAGUAUUUUUGUCUCGUCAUUCCAGGAUAAUAUUUGAGCCUUAGAAGACCUCCACCAAAUACUCACUUUUUAAAUAAAGAAAAAUAAAUUUUGA